AUAGAUUUCACGGCCGCCUAAAGCUGGGAGGAGGAGGAGCAGCAGGAGGAGGAGGAGUAGCAGCAGUAUCUAAACUGAGUCCAUGUCCAUGAGGUGUAAUCAGCGCGCAAAAGUGCCCAUGUGUGCGGGCCUUGUCGCGGGAGAUCAUUCCAGACCAGGCAGAGGAACAGGAGCCGGCCAAGUCCACCACCAUAAUCAAGUAUGAGAAGUCGUCGUGUCUGUUUUGCAACGAAUGGUUUGAUGCGCAGACUUUUACGGAGCACUUGAUCCACUGCGGCCAGGUCUUGGAAGAGUGCCCCAAGGGCUGCCUGGCCUUUAUUCCACGCAUCCGCAUGCGCUCUCAUUUGAAAGAAUGCCCACGGGCCAAGCAGCAGCAGCAGCUCCUCAAUGGCCAGCGGCUGAGUGCCAGCAUGGAUAGGCUGGACCAGCAGCAGUCCGAUCAUCGCCUGCAGGCCUUGGAGCAGGAUGUGGGCACCAUUCGCUCGGUGCUGAACGAGGAGAUACGUCAACGCCUGCAUCUCAUCACAGAUGUGGGUAAUAUCCGCAAGCAGAACCAGGUGGUGGAGGACUGGAACCGGGACACGGACGAGGUGGUUGGAGGACUGCGUCGCCAAAUCGAGGAGGAGGCCUCCCAGAGAGCCUAUGCCCUGGAACAGAACCAGCUGGAUGUUCAAUACUGCUGCAAUAUCACUCAGUCCCUUAAGGAGCAAGUCGAAUCCAGGCUAGACGAGGCCCAGAAACUGGUAAAUCAACUCUCCCUGGACGUGACCUUCCACCAGAACCAGCUGAACGACAACAUCCUCAAGCUGGAGGAGCUUAUCUUUGAGAACGAGCGCCAGAAUCGCGACAAGUUCUUCCAGAUCGAGGAGUUCAUGCAGCAGAUCAACGAGGACAUCAAGACCAAGCUGGGCAACAGUGACUAUGUCACCACCAAGCAGGCCACCUUGGACUACGAGGUGAAGAAUGUGAAGAACAUUGUCUGCGAGACGGAGGAGCGUUGCGACAAGCUGGACAGAGCUCUCCACCAGACCAUGCAGAAUCUGUCGGAUUUGGAGAACCAAAUGGCCAUGCAGCAGCGCAUUGCCAGUGUUCAAAAUAUCAGGGGUCACUUGAUUUGGCGCAUCAAGGACUACUCGAAGAAGCUGGACGAGGCCAAGCAGUAUGACACCAUCCUGCACAGCGCCAUGUUCUCCAACAAGGCGUUUGGCUAUGCUUUAAGGCUGGACAUUUACCUGAACGGCAAGGGCACCUGGAAGGGUCGGAAUAUGAUUGCUUGCCUCAAUGUCUUAUCCGGCGAAUAUGAUCCGCUGUUGGCCUGGCCCUGUCGCCUCCAGGCCGAGAUUGUGAUCCGUGACCAAAGCUCGAAUAUGGCCGAGGCCCAGGACUAUGUGAAAACGAUAUUUGUGCGAAAGAAGAGCGAUGACUUUAUCCAGAGCAACCAGUACUUUCACAUACCGCACAAGGUGAUCACCAGUCGCAACUAUCUGAGGAACGAUGCCAUGUUCAUAGAGGUUCGCAUUCUCAAGCUAUGAUGGAGCCUACUUUUGGGAUCCCCCAGAAGAAACAUAACAACAACCCCUGUCGCCGAUUACUGAGAACAACAACAUAUGUAAUAAUUUAUUCCAGUGAGAGCAAACUAGAAGUUGAAAUCGUUUAAUAAACACGAUUAUGUAUAGUAUA